AGCGAAUAAGCAAACAUGGCUCUGAUUACGGUAGUAUUAGCAUUCCUUGGUGUCAGGUCCAUAUCAGCACAAGCACUACAUAAAUCAAUAGUACCAAAAAUAAUAAAGCUAGGUUCAGAAGUUACUGUUUUCUGUGAUUCUGAUCUUGCCGGUGUCCUUGAAAAUGGCAGCCCUGAAGGCAUUUUUGCGUUGGAGCUGAGUUGGAAUAAAAAAUUCAUUUACUCGUUCAGUACAGCGUCUGGUACUGUCAGAACAAUUGGUGUAAACACUCACUGGCGAACUAGGGUUUCUGGACACUAUCCCAGGAACAGUCGUCAUCUUUUCGAUAGGGACACAUUCAGGCUGGAAAUCGAUAUGAUAAAUAUCACCACCGAUUACCAAGGCGAGUUUUGCUGCUCUAGCUACAUCAGCAAGAACGGAAAAAUAAGACGGCCCGCCAUAAAACGUUGUAAGGACUUUAUAGUUUCACAUCACUCUAUAGUCGAAGAAAGCUUAGUCGCACAAGAUCAAACUAUAAAAAUGAUUCAAUGUACCGCUGAUCUCGCGGGAGUUCCAGAUACGGCAACAGAGAUAGACAGAAUGGAGUUGUUCUGGCAAAAUCAAGAUUUCGAUCCAAACUAUUUUAUGUAUACAUUAACUACAUAUUGGUAUUCCCAUCGGAACCCAGACGUAGGUCUAAUCAAACCUGUUGAAAAAAUUCACUGGCGCCCGAUUCGAUUUCAUGAAGACGUGAAGCCCAACAAGAGAAUGAUCAAAAAUUUAACAAAGCUUGCUAUAAAAAUCAAUGGCCUACAAGCCCAAGACGCUGGCUGGUACUGUUGCAGUGUAAAUUACUUUGACAAAGCUGAUGUCAAUCAUUUAGCAUACAGUUGUCAUUAUUUAUCAGCUUCACGUAUUCAAGCCAUAAUACACUCCAGAAACAGGAGCUCAAUCAAGACAGUUACCGAGAAUCUAAUCUUUGGGUUGCUGAUUUUUUCAUGGAUUCAGCUACACAUUUAUAGGG